AGCUGUCCGUAUCUGGUAACAGACAGCAAAAGGAAGGCGUCAUCUCUUCCAUUUCAUUUCACUCUCUGCAGUUUGAAAUCUCUUUAAGUCCUAAGAAAAAUAUUUUAGCAGCCCUUUCCAUCUCAAACUAUUUAUGGCGAGAACAACUGUCACCCAUAAUUUCAUCUUAUGACAUCUGUUGCUGUAAAUCUCCUAUUAAAGUCCAGGUCACAUGUGGCUACGUUACCUCUCCUUAAAUCUUUUGUCUUGCUUUUAAACUUGUGGCAAGGUGGCGUAGUGCUGAUUUUGUUGGUAGGGCUCAGCCCCUUUAACCCCCUUUUAUCCUCCCCAUUUUUCGUACAAGCAUCAUCACAUCAUACCGGGAAAAUUUCCCAAGUGAAUCAGAUCAUCGGAGUCCUUGGGCGGCCGUGAUAUACAUGUAUGAGCUAAUGACCGUCAACGGCGCUCACCCGGAAAUGCUUUGCCAGAGUCCGUGGGCGAGAUGGAGUCGCGUCGCAUUUCGGUCGUUCGUCAUUAUUUGACAACGCCAAAAAACUAAAUGAUGAAAGGAAGAAAUACGUGACGUAAAGUAACACCGCAUUGGUUCCUGGGUCUAGUCUAUAUAACGAGGCUAACAAACAGAGCAGCAGUUAGUAGGCGUUGAGUCACAGGCGGUACUGGUCACUGUCGAAAACGUGUGAAGCUGCAGUGAUCAGCAUGAAGGGAAUAAUCGGUUGCGUCCUGGCGGUGGUGAUCCUACCAACUUGGGCUCAGUACUGCUCGGAGCGGCCAGGGGGCUGUUGUCCCGGUCGAGAUGAUACAUGCACGGCCGCCAUGGCAGACACGUUCUGUUACUGUGAUGAGUUCUGUCUCCGGUCGAAGGCGCCUGAUUGCUGUCCAGAUGUCUUCAACAACUGCACGGCUCUGCCAACUAAGAAGUCUCCGCUCAGCCCAAACCCCCUCGAAGGCGGUUGUGUUUAUAAAGGCACAACUUACUUAGCUGGGCAAACGCUACGAGUCAAUUGCAACACAUGCACUUGUUUCCUAACUGCAAGCAGUUACGAGUUGCAAUGCGAGAAUGCCACUUGCCUCAUUCUGGAAGACAUUAUCUCCGCAGUCAACUCGGCAAAUAGCGGCUGGCGAGCCAGUAACUACAGUUUCUUGUGGGGUUUGACGCUCGAGGAAGGGAUUCAGCGUCGGUUAGGAACCCUGAAACCCGCACGAGACGUUGCCGCUAUGAAUGAGAUCGACAUUGAGCAUACAACAGAACUGCCGGAAAAUUUUGAUUCCCGCCAAAAGUGGCCAGACUGGAUAGAGGGCGUAAUGGACCAAGGGGAUUGUGGGAGUUCCUGGGCAGUCUCGACUAUAGCUGUUGCUUCGGACCGCCUUGCCAUUCAGUCCAUGGGUCACAUGAGGGCGCCCCUCUCCACUCAGAAUCUUCUGUCUUGCAACUCUCGCGGGCAAAGAGGUUGUGACGGCGGCCACUUGGACCGUGCCUGGAACUACAUGCGUAGAUACGGCGUGGUGACCGACCAGUGCUAUCCUUACCGAAGUGGAAUGGACGAGACUGCCAAAAUGAACAAGUACGCGUGCAUGUUGCCUCGACAUCAAACGUCACCUUGCCCAAGCGAUGACGUCACUUCCAGAAAGUAUCACGUGAGCCCUCCAUACAGGAUAUCGGGAAAGGAAGAAGACAUUAAAGAAGAAAUUUUCAGAAAUGGACCCGUGCAAGCUACGUUGCUAGUGAAGGAAGAUUUCUACUCUUAUGCCGGAGGUGUGUACAAACACUCGCAUAAAUUGGUGAAGAAACCCUCCAAAGCUAGACGGAAGGGGUACCAUUCAGUUCGAAUUCUUGGCUGGGGAAUGGACCGUACCGACCCGGAUAACCAGAUGCCAUACUGGCUUUGCGCCAAUUCCUGGGGGAGCCAGUGGGGUGAAAACGGCUAUUUCCGCAUCCUAAGAGGCCAGAACGAGUGCGAGAUUGAAUCUUUCAUCUUAGCCGUCUGGGCAGACGUCGACACGGCCAUGAUGAGGAACAUGAUGAGGAACAAUUCGAUUUUUUAGGAGAGAUGGUAACUUUGUUGCCGUAGGCAGAGAUUUGGUGCAUUGUAAAACCACGCUCGUCUCUAACAGGGAGUGGAAAAUAGCUCGGCAGUCUGUCGAGGUUACCUUUACCUCUUCUUAUAUCAACUUUAGGGUCACAUUUUGCCGUGAUAUCUUACUUCAGUACAAAAUAUACAGUCGGUUCUCUCUACAUAUAAUACCAGCUUGAAUUGGACAAGAUUCCGGUUAAGACGAUUUUUACAUCAAGGUGCAUUUAUUACGAUUUAUAACCUUCGCUGUUUAGUUUACAUGAUCUCCUCAUUAAGUGCUGUAAUUUCGUACCCUCGUCUUCCAAAAAGAACUGUGCAACUUUAUAUUAUUGGGCAUAGUGUGCGCUUCUGCUCUCUGAGAACGGGGCCGGUUGAGCACCCUUUUAUAACUGAACACAAUAGAAUUUGUAUUUGUACAGAAAGCAGCGGUGUGUUUCCGGGAUCUUUGUUUUAGUCAGGUACCAAUUAGACUAUCAAUUAAGUGGUAGUACAUUGUGCAUCGAAGUCAGUUAAAAAGAUUUGUACGUUAUGCAGGCUUGGGAGAUUUUUAAAUAUGAAAGCAUGGUUACUUGUGGGUGCAUUCAAAAUGUAAUAAACUUUGCAGUAAAUGUCCAACUAUA